AUGAAACAAAUUAAAAUGACAUUGAAACAACACCUAAUACAAUUUAUGAAAAAAGUCUUUUAUCAUGCUUCUAAUAAUCAACCAUAUUCAAUUGCAUUCAUAGAUUCUAUAUCAAUAUAUUUUGAUAAAAUACAAAAUCAUGUUGAAUUAACAUGUCAAUUUUCAACAGGUGAUAUACGUGAUUUAUUACAUACAAGUUCAAAUAAUUUAUUUACAAAUAUUGAACGGUUAGGUACACGUGAUUUAUUAUCCCAUGGCCAAUUUUCAUAUGAUAUUAUAUUAGCAUCAAUCCAAAGUAAUAAUACAUUAUCAUUAUCAAUUAAUGUUCAAUUAUAUAUCUAUCUGAUUUAUUUUAUAUUACUUGAACAAAGAACUAAAGAAUAUAAUGAAUUAUAUCUACGUUUAAUUGAACGUAAUUAUAAAUUAAUAACUAAAACUCAUGCAUAUGCAUCAUGUUUAUUUUUACUUGAAAGUCAUGAAGUUGAUUUAAAUUCAUAUGAUAUUUUAUAUAUCAUUAAUUAA